CGCCCCUCAGUCCGUUGACUCCGCCCCACCUGGAGGAGAGCGGGGUCUUGUUUCUGCUGUAGCCGCUGUCAGACGCUCCGCGGCCGGGAGGAGAAGAGCGCGACACCCGAGGAGACAGCAUGUCCGUGUAACUCGUCAUGACGACAGAAACUCAAGUCAGACCGUGUGACGAUCGCCGGCAGCAUUCACAGCGAGAGAGAGAAGAACUGCACAUCUCAUCCUCUGGACACAUCAAAGCGGACACACCGUCAGCAUCACACCUGACUCAUCAUACACGACAGCAGCGGUACGGAGGCGACGAAUCAGACGUCACUUCACCAGAUCACCCGCGCCAUCAAGACGACGACCGCGUUUCCCAGAAGUCUUUGAGCAGCAGAUUGUCGUGGAGUCACAGACUGAAGAACAUGGAGUGUAAAGUCACACUGCUGGACGGCGCUGACUUCACCUGCACGCUAGAGAAGAGAACUAAAGGUCAUGUGGUGUUUGAUCAAGUCUGUGAUCAUCUGAAUCUUCUGGAGAAGGAUUAUUUCGGCCUGAUGUACCAUGAUGCUGAAGGCCAUAAGAACUGGCUUGACCUCUCCAAAGAGAUAAAGAAACAGAUGAGAGAUGAUCUCUGGAGAUUCUCCUUCGGUGUGAAGUUUUACACGCCAGAUCCAGCACAACUCUCUGAAGAUAUCACCAGGUACUUCUUGUGUCUUCAGUUGAGGGAUGACGUGCUCUCGGGUCGAUUGCCGUGUUCUUUUGCCACUCAAGCUCUGUUGGGUUCUUACAUGCUUCAGGCCGAGUUAGGAGAUCAUGACUCUGAUGUUCAGGGGUCUGGUCAUGUCAGCGAUGUGCGUUUAGCCCCAAACCAGACCAAAGAACUGGAGGAGAAGGUGACGGAGCUACACCGCAGCUACAGAGGUAUGACACCGGCUGAGGCUGAGAUGCAUUUCCUGGAAAAUGCGAAGAAACUGUCUAUGUACGGGGUGGAUCUACAUCAUGCUAAGCUGGUUGGCCGGUUGCUUGAGCUCUUUGCAGCUCUGCAGGAGAAGGAUUCAGAGGGGGUGGAGAUUAUGCUGGGAGUGUGUUCCAGCGGUCUCCUCAUCUACAGAGAUAAACUGCGCAUCAACCGCUUCGCCUGGCCCAAGAUCCUCAAGAUCUCCUACAAGAGGAACAACUUCUACAUCAAAGUCCGGCCGGGAGAGCUUGAACAGUUUGAGAGCACGAUCGGAUUUAAACUGCCCAAUCACAGAGCAGCGAAGAGAGUCUGGAAAGUCUGUGUGGAGCAUCACACCUUCUUCAGGCUGGUGUCUCCUGAAGCCCCUCCCAAGAAGUUCCUGUCGCUGGGCUCAAAGUUUCGUUACAGCGGCCGAACUCAAGCUCAGACGCGUCGAGCCAGCGCUCAGAUCGCACGCAUCGCUCCUCAGUUUCAGCGCACGAGCAGCAGACGACACACGGUGGCCCUCGGCAUGGACAGCGCACCGCUCGGCCAUGACAAUCCUCCCGAUGCUGAGGACGACCUCAUCGCCACAGAAACCCAGGAGAAGAACACAGAGGAACCCAACUCUGUGGAGGAGAACAAAACGAGCGCUGAGGAAUCGGAACAAGCCCCACCCACUUCUAUCACCAAGUCGAGCGGGUACACGUCCGAUCCGUUGGGCUCUGAACUCUCCCUUCCGUCCUCUCCCGUCUCAUCCACCAAGGUCCGGCGGAGGCACAGGGGAAGCGGUCGUCAGCGCGCCGCCUCCGUCAGCCCGGUCAAAACCACGGCGGGUUGCCGACGGCGACAGGCCCGCGAUCGUAAAGCGGCUCUGCUGGAGGAGCGAGCGCUCCUGCUGUCCGCCCGUAAACAGAGGCUGGAUCAGAAGCGCGGCACGCUCUUCUCUUUCUCUCUGCACCUGCCCGACCUCUCAUCGCUCCUGGACGACGACGGCUACCUGUCAUUCCCCGACCUGACGGAGCUGCGCUUCCUGCCCGAGAGUCUGCAUCACUUCAUGCCCAUUAAAUCUCCCUCUCUCAUCCCCUGCUUCCUCUUCAUCUUCUUCUUCCUGCUGUCCACGUCUUUCUCCGUCCCGUACGCCCUCACGCUUUCCUUCCCGCUGGCGCUGUGUCUGUGUUAUCUGGAACCCAAAGCGGCGGCGCUGAGCACGUCACUCACACAGAGUUUCCAGGACAGCUCAGAUGAGGAGACAGACAGCGAUCAAACUGACUUUGCUUGUGAUGACGACACUGCAACUGAGUCGGACCUUGAGGACGACUGUGAGAUGAAGACACAGAUGUCAGAGGAGGUGAAAGCUGAUGAAGCGGAGGAUGUUUCAGUGAAGCAGGAGCCCGACACCGAUGCUACGGAGGAGGCCGCUCAGGAUGAGCAGGUGAAAGCCAUUCCUGUGGUUCACACAGAGACAAAGACCAUCACAUAUGAAUCCUCAGAGGCCGAUGCCAACGGAGACUCGGGUCCAGGAGUUCUCAUGAGCGCUCAGACCAUAACAUCAGAAAACAACAACACAACCACCACCACACACAUCACAAAGACGGCGAAGGACGGGAUAUCAGAAACACGCAUCGAAAAGAGAAUUGUUAUCACAGGAGACGCAGACAUGGAUCACGAUCAGGUUCUGGCUCAGGCUAUUAAAGAUGUUAAAGAGCAGCAUCCUGACAUGUCUGUGACUAAAGUGGUGGUUCAUAAAGAGACUGAGCUCUCGACUGAAGCGCAGGAAUAAUGUCCAGACCUUUCCAUCAGGACCUUUGACCUCCGACGACACAAGAGGUCACUCGUCUCAUCACAUCACGGGAAGAACAGAGACCUGCGGUCAGGCGACCGCAAAGCAACAUAAAACAUCUUUGACUGCCUUAAAGAUCUGAUUUAUCACAAUGAUUUCAAGUGUUUGAUUUUUAGCGUAUUUAUAGUCCAGUGCGUCUCUUGUAAACACAAUGUAAAGAGAAGAAAUACCAAUUCUAUUCGCAUGAAGAAACUGAGGCCUGUUGAAAUUGAAAUUCUCUUCACUGUAAUGAAUCCUUUUACUUUCAUUUCCAUUCUUAUUCAUCGUCUUUUAUUGACAUUUGCAUAAAUCAAAGUCUAACCGUGAUGUGAUGUUCUAAUUUAAAUCUUUGUUGUUUUUCACGUGUCAUGUAAUGAGCUAAAGAGGAUUUUGUAUUACAGUUUUUGAGAGUUUGAGGCCUAAUUUUCUGCAUUCAAAUAUACUUCGACUCAUUUGAAUAGUGUGUCUGUGCACAGAUAUUAUUUUAUGUCGAGGUUUAGAUUUUGGAGUAAACCAAGACAAUUCGCUCAUUUAUCAAAUAUAAAGAAGCGCAUAAAAGAUGUGCCAUUAUGACGCCGUGAGCUCUGCGGUCAAUUAUCAGAUGAACAACUCUUGAUUUUAAGCCCAUUAUAAUGGUAUUUAAAGUUUUGAAGCUUAAACAAGUUUCCUUUUCAGAUGAUUUCUACUCGAACGUGUUUGAUGGCAGUGGAUGUUUCACACUUCUGCUGUGUGUUAACGGAUAAGAGUGUUAAUGAGUGAUUUUAAGGGCUUUUAGUAAUUUUGUAACUCAUAAAGGUUUAUUUUUGGCACUGUGUUCAGAGAAUGAGCUGGAUGAGCUUUGGUACUAACACACACACACACACACACGUUUGAAACAGAAACCUGUCUUGACCUUUGACCUGCCAUACCUUUCAUGCUAAACCUGACCCCCACACACACAGAAAAUGUGACAUCCACACAGUGAGAAUUCAGCCGUGUGAUUUCUUGUUUGUAUUUUGGAAUAAAAUAUUGUUGAAAUCUGAA